AUGUACUCUCGCCCCCUCCUCGGACGGCCGCAGUGUAGGCUCACGCGCCUCCCGCGACUGCCGCCAGUCCCGAAAGCCAGGCGUCUGUCGAGCGAACCGCCCAACCCUGGACCGGAACGCGAAGCGCGCAAGCGACAGGCACUUCGCCUAUCGAAAUACGGAUUCGCAGCGACAGGAGGCAUCCUUGGAGCCGCUCUCCUGCUGGGGCUUGGAGAUCGCAGCGUUCACGCCGAUGCCGAUGCGGAGGAGGACAAACACAAGCGGCCUACGGCAUCCUUGGGCAGCCUCAUCCGAACAUACGUGGUCUACGCUGCUUGCUCGUUCCCUACUUUGGUGGAUGCCGCGCCGACUGUAUUGAAUACGCUCCUAUCGAUACCGGGGGUGAAGCACAUCACGGAGGCCGUCGUGAGGGCGACCUUCUUCUCGCAGUUCGUAGGAGCCGACACUGCGCAAGAAUGCAUCCCUUUACUGAAGGAAUUGCGUGCUGAGAACAAGGGCUGCCUAUUUGCAUACAGCGUGGAGGUAGAUGAGGCCGAAGCAGCUGGCGUUCAAGUCUCACACACGAAUGAGCACGAGAAGCCGCCUCAUAAACAGGCAGUGGAGGAAAUGAUCAAUUGCAUCAAUGUUGCCGCCGAUUUCGAAGACGGGCUGGGAACUGAACGGACCGGUAGGAGGACGUGGGUUGCGGUGAAACUCACGGCAUUGUUACCGGAUGCUCAAACUCUCGUCAAUUUUUCAUCCUACCUGGUCAACUCCCGUCCUCGGACUAAAUCGCCGAUAGCCUUUCCUGGUUAUCCAGUCCCCACGGAUCUGGAUAUUCUCGCUUCUCCGUCUCCCCCGGCAAAGACUCCUCUCACUACACAAGACAUCGUCGCUCUCAAAGAAUUGUACGAUGACAUGUUCAGGAUAUGUUCGCGGGCGCAAGAGAGGGGGGUAAAGGUCAUCAUCGAUGCGGAAUACACCUGGUACCAGCCCGCGGUAGAUGCGUAUGCACACGCGCUCAUGCGCCAUUUCAACAGACUGCCUUCGACCGGAGGUAAAUGGAAGCAGCUCAUCGGAUCGACACCAGUAGCCGCUCCCGCAGUGCAACCGCUGAUAUAUCAGACUUACCAGGCCUACCUGCGGAGAACGUUGGGUUACUUGCAACAAAGUCUCGAGGAUGCGCGCGAAAACGGGUUCGCGCUCGGGGUCAAGCUCGUCCGCGGCGCGUACCACCCGCACGAGCUGGCGGCCCACCCGAACGGCAAGACCCCGAAGGAUUCCUCCGACCCUAGCCUCCAAGUCAAACUGCCCUCUAUCUCGCCGGACCCGGAACCGCCCGUUUGGCUGAAGAAGUCGGAGACGGACGCGUGCUACAAUGCGUGCUUGCGCGUGCUGGUUGAAGGCGUCGCGAAGGAUGUGAAGGCUCGCGGAAGAAACGGAACGCCCACGAUCGGCGUGUUGUUCGGCACGCAUAACACGACGAGUGCAGAGCUCGUGCUGGAGGAAAUCGUUCAGCACGGACUGGGGUCCAGGACGCAAGGAGGAGAGGUCGUCUUGAGCCCGGAGGUCACGGAAAGGAUCAAUAUGGGCCAAUUAUAUGGUAUGUGUUGGAUGAGCGAUGAACUUACGGACUACCUAGCAAGCAAGACGAAGGCGGCUUCGCCGUUCGUGCUGAAAUACGUCCCCUAUGGCGCUUUGAAGGAUGUCAUGCCAUAUCUAAGCCGCAGAGCAAUCGAGAACAAGUCCGUGCUCUUCGAUGGAGCGGCGGCCAAAGAAAGGCAACGCGCAUGGAACGAAAUCAAACGCCGGAUAUUCGGAUAA